AUGGGUAUAAGAAAUGAGUCCAGAGUGAAUGGGUUUUUUCUUUCAGGAUUAACUGACCAACCAGAGCUUCAGCUGCCCCUUUUCUUCCUCUUCUUGGGGAUUUAUAUAGUUACAGUGGUGGGGAAUCUUGGCAUGAUCUCAACAAUUGUGCUGAGUUCUCAACUUCACAUUCCCAUGUACUAUUUCCUCAGCAGCUUAUCUUUUAUAGAUUUCUGCUAUUCUUCUGUCAUUAUCCCAAAGACACUGGCAAUGAUUUUAAGCAGAGAUAAAUAUAUCUCUUAUUCCGGAUGCAUGAGUCAGUUCUUUUUUUUUUGUAUGUUUGCUGUUUGUGAGUGCUACAUGUUGGCCGCCAUGGCCUAUGAUCGCUAUGUCGCCAUCUGCCGCCCCCUGCUCUACAAUGUCAUCAUGUCCCCUCGGGUCUGUUCUCUGCUGGUGGCUGGUGUCUUCUCAGUAGGUCUUUUCUUUGCUAUGCUUUUUGAUGGUUGCUUGAUACCUUUGGAUUACUGUGGACCCAAUAUCAUUAAACAUUACUUCUGUGACAUCAUGCCACUUAUAAAACUCUCCUGUUCCAGCACGUAUAUUGAUGAAAUUUUGAUUUAUGUUGUUGGUGGAUUUAACAUGGUAACCCCCAGCGUAACAAUCGUCACUUCAUACGCUUUCAUCAUCUCCAGCAUCCUCCGCAUCCAGUCUAAAGAAGGUCGGGCCAAAACGUUCAACACCUGUGGCUCCCACUUGACAGCUGUUCUUAUUUUCUAUGGAUCUCUCAUUUCCACAUAUCUCAAACCUGCUGCCAGCAGUUCAGCCAUCCAGGAGAAAGUGACAUCUGUAUUUUACACCAUGAUGAUUCCCAUGCUGAACCCACUGAUUUAUAGUCUGAGGAAUAAGGAAGUCCAAAAUGCUGUGAAAAAGCUCUUAAAGAGAAACCCAUCUUCAUAA